CGGGCCAACAAACCAAAUAGACCUCAGGUAAGGCUGUCUGUUGUUGCCCUACUUAACGCUGAAUACUACCUGUCGUGAAUGUCAAAUAUGUGUCCACAGACAGGACUCGAGCAGUGAUCGCGGGCUGGACAGGCAUCGGAUUCAUUUACAUGUGGAUGGACGGGUGGUGACAUUCUGACGGGAUAGAGUUUUCUAACUGUUGCUGCUGGGCCUCACGAUGUCAAAUAUGGAUGGAGAAAGUGCCGACACAGAACCCACGAUGACUGGGCGUGUUAUCAUAGUGACUGGGGCCAACUCCGGGAUUGGGUUUGAGGCCGCCAAGUACUUGUGUGAUGGGGGAAACGAGGUGAUACUGGCCUGUAGAAAUGAAGAAAAGGGGAAAGCAGCCGUGGGAAAGAUUCUCAAAGCUAACCCCAAUGCUCUGGCUAGCUUCAUGCAGUUGGAUCUGGCCGAGCUGUCCUCUGUGCGGCAGUUUGCGGAAGAGUUCCACCAAUCAGGACGCAAGCUCCAUGGCCUUGUCAACAAUGCUGGCAUCUACUUGUGGGCUAAGGACAACAAGCGACACUUCACAAAGGACAACUUUGAACUUGCCAUGGGAACAAACCACUUGGGUCACUUCCUGUUGACGAACCUGCUGCUGGACGACCUGAAGAAGACAGGCAGCGACACGGGAGACUCCAGGAUCGUCGUGGUGUCAUCAAUGCUGCAUGAUGGGAACUUCCGCAAUAAGAAUCUUCCUGGCCUCGACAUUGAAGAUUUGUUCAUUGGCGCGGCAGGGAAAUACAGUGCUAACCUGGCAUACAAGAACUCCAAGCUGGCCAACCUGCUGUUUACCUACGAGCUGACCAAGAAGCUGGAUGGCACCGGCGUCACUGUCAAUGCUCUGUGUCCUGGGUUUAUCCCCUCAACUGACCUGGGGCGGCAUGCAUCGGCCCCAAUGAGGUUCUUCACACGCUAUGUCCUUGACGGCAUCUUGCGUUUCACCAAGGUCACUCGAUCGACAGCCCAGGGUGCAAAGGCCAUUGUUGAACUUGCUACAUCAGAAAAAUUGAAAGGUGUGAGUGGCAAGUUUUACCGUGAUCAUGCUGAAGCUGAAUCAUCGGCCGAAUCAAAGAAUGAAGAACUGGCCCAGAAGCUGUGGGAAGUGAGUGGUGGCUACUGCCACAUGGAGGGGUACGAACCUCUUGACGCACCAGCGCCACCUGUUGAGGAACCUGCUGCUGCUGCAACUCCGGCUAAAAACAAGGAAAAGGAAGAGGAAAAGAAGGAAGAGGCUGAGGUCAAACCUGAAGGUGAAGGCCAGGUUGAGAUUAAAGUUGAAGGUGAAGGUCAGGCUGAAGCAGCAGCUGAGGUUGCUGUAACAGCUGUGGAGGAAGUGAAAGAAGAGAAGAAGGAUGAGGAGAAGAAAGAGGAGAAGGAAGAAGAGAAGGAAGAAGAGAAGAAAGAGGAGGGGACAAGCAAAGCGACAACAGAGGAAGAAGUUGUCAAUGUCAUUGAAGCCGAACCUGAAACUAAAGGAAAGGAUCUGGAUGUUGAUGUUGAUGUGGAGAAGAAGGUGGAGACGAUUGUUGCCUCUGAUACUGCUGUGGCCGCUCAGUAAAGAUGGACAGUGCUCAGCUUGACCAAGUGUUCUGGUGACAGGAACCUCUCCCGUCUUGCCCUGUUAUAAUGCUUUUCUAUGUUAGGGAAACUUAAUGAGCAAUGUAAUAAUAAGCAUCAGUUCAUGAACACCAUUGUAUCUGAUAGUUUUUCAUGUGAAAUGCCACUCAAUACAUUACUUCUCUGUGUUUGAAAGUAAGGGGGUUCUUGUCAUGGCCCGUAUGUUAAGAGAGGAAUAUUUUGGAGGUCCUCAAAUGAGGAUACUAUGCCUGAAAGACCACGUUCUCCAUUUUUAUCUCUGCUUCUUUUCAUCACUUUAAUAAUUAUAACUUUACAACUUUUGUCUUGGAGAGCAAAUUGUUAUGCACAGGUGACAUGAGACUAUGACCAAUGAGAUCUUAUGGUUUCAAUUCACGUGUUAAAAUAUCCAUUACUCAUUUAUACAAGGUCUUUGAUUGGUUGUUUUCUUAAAACACCCUCAAGUCAUAUUAUCGAUCAAUCUUUGUGUGUGCAGAGAGGGAAUAUAUUGCAUGUCGACUGAAAGACUUCGUAACUCGAACAUGGUAUUCUUGUUGACCCCACUGAUUACUCUGAUUACAAAGCUAAGGAUAUUCAAUAUGAAUAGUGAAUCACAGAUACUGUGGUUUUGAUCUACCAUAUCUUGCCAUGUGUUCAGUACUGGUUUGUAAACAUGUUUACAGAAACACUGUUAAUCAAGGGUAUCAUUCUCUGAAAUUAUCAGGAUUAACGAAUCAUGAGUACGUAGUAAUUAGGCCUGGGACGAAUCCAAAUUUACUACCCGGGUAUCCACUGUAGGUCCCCCAAGAAAUAGGUACAAAAUGUCCGAUUGGGAUUUUUUUACCAUAGUCCUGGCAAAACGUAUUUAGAUACAUGUAUUAAACAUGUUUGGUCAUGCAUACACUGAAGUUGACUGAAGUUAUAACUUUAUUCAAAA